CGAUUUGCAAGUUUUUCCGCGCGACUUUACUUGCCGACGACGACGAAAUGGACUCCAAGAUGUACGAGAAUGCCGUGUGUCUGGCACCGAUGGUGCGCGGGGGAACCCUUCCGUUGCGCUUGUUGUCCUUGCGAUACGGUGCCGACCUCGUGUAUGGCGAAGAAAUCAUCGACAGGAAAAUCGCAGCAACCACCCGCGUCGUCAACGAUGUACUGAAUACCGUGGACUACGUGACCCGCAACGGCGACAGCGUGGUGUUCCGCACCUGUGCCGAAGAGUCGGCCAAGGUCGUGUUCCAGAUUGGCACUGCGUCCGCUGUCCACGCCCUCAAAGCUGCAGAGACCAUCGCCCGGGACGUUGCGUCCGUGGACAUCAACAUGGGCUGCCCCAAGCAUUUCUCCGUCCAAGGCGGCAUGGGCAUUGCACUGAUGGGAAAACCUGAAGUGGCGUCCGACAUCCUCAAAACACUCAAGCGCAACCUCAACAUCCCCGUGUCGUGCAAAAUCCGCAUUAAAGCCACUCCACAAGAAACGAUCGACUUUGCCAAAGCCAUGGAAUUGUCUGGCGCCGCGGCCAUUGGGGUUCAUGCCAGACAAGCACAUGAACUACCCUCGGAUGACGCGCACUGGGACGCCCUUCCGCUGAUUCCGUCGGCGCUGUCGAUUCCAGUGUUGGCAAAUGGAGACAUUUGGAACCAAGACGAUAUUGCUCGCGUCCGGCAAGCAACGGGGUGCCAGUCGGUCCUCGUUGCUCGCGGCGCACUGAGCAACGCGUCUUGUUUUCGCGCGGCAGGCAUUGUGCCGUAUCAACAAAACGUGGAAGCGUACCUCAAAGUGGCCGCGGACACGGACAACGCAUACCAAAACACCAAGUACAACAUUAGCCGCAUGUUGCCAUCCAAAGAUGUGGCUUCGACCGUCGACGUUGCGACGAUCGCCGAAGCCAAGUCGAACGCAGACAUGUUUGCCUUGUUUGGGCUGACAGACUACUACCAGUCAGUGCAAGCGGGCUUCCAAUCCAAAGCGGCGGCAGCGGCACUCCGCCUCCCAGUGUACAUCCCCGAUAGAGCGUACGACGACGCCCAUAUUAAGAACCGCGCGUUCUUCUGCGAUCCGUGCGGGGUCCAACUGCUGAGCGCCCAAGACGUGGCGGGUCACGAAAAAGGCAAACGACACAAGAACAAGCUGCGCACGAUGGCGAGUCAGGCGAUGGCGGCGCUGUCCGGGAUGGACACGACGAACUUCUCUACUGCCAUUAACGACAAGCACGAGACUGACGACGACCCAGUGCCUAAGCGAGUGAAGCACACGACCGCUGGCACCAACGACGACCAAGUAUGAGAAGCACAGGAGACUGCAUCGAACGAAUGUGUGUGCCACACUGCGAGAUUGAAAAUCGAACAAUAAUAUAUGCGACGACAGCAUGUACCCAAAAA